AUGGGAAAUAAAAAACAAAAACUAUCCAAAGUGAAAAAAAAUAGAGGAAAUGUUUCAUCACUUUUAAAUUGGCAAACUCAUCGCAUACAAAAAACGUAAGUGAUGUACAGCGGUAACAUCGUAUAAUUGUGGACCAAAAUAUAUUAGUAAUUUACAUAAACAAAUUACGAAUACUAGCCCUGGAUUAUUUACAAAACAAUAUAUAAAAAGAGUAGAAAGAUCAAAAUUAAAAUUAAAAUGUAGACGUUUAAAUUUCGAAAGGUAUUAUAUAAUAAUUUAAAUUUGAUUAUAUUAAACAGAUGAGGAUAGCUAAAUCUAUAAAUAACUAGUUCUUAUAUAUCUUAUAUAUAGGUACUCUUAUAUUUGUAAAUGAUUAUAUACCUAAUAAUAUAAUAUAAUAGUAUUUUUUUUUUAAUUUUUAUUUAAUUAUGUAGUGAAUAAUAUCGUAUUCUCAUUUUUUAAUAAAUAAUUCUAACCAUUUUUUUGCUUAAAAACAAGUAAUAAUAAUACAUUAUAUUAUAUUUAACUGAUUUUUUUUUAAUUAUAAAUUAUAAGAACUUUUCCAAAGAGAACAAAAAUUAUUGACGGACCAGAUGAGAAAUAUGGAGCUGUAAAUGAAUUAGAGUGUACAAUAACUGAUAUGACACAUGACAAAUAUUUAAAAGAGGAAAAAAUAUUUUUAAAUAAUUUAAAGUUAACUAUAAAAGAAAUNAAUCUAAUAUUUUAUAUUUUUUUAUAGGUUUUGUAGUUGAUAAAAUAUUAAGAGACGAAGAAUUUUGGAAAAAUAAUAUUGAACCACAAUGCACAAAAUUUUAUAUGGAAUCUUUAGUCCCAGAAAUUAUAGACUCGAGAUUUGAUCGAGGAUUACCUAUAAGAUCUGGUUUACCGGAACCAUAA